CUUUGCCAAUCCGUAUUACGUCAUCAACAUGAGCCACGAGGCUUGACAUUCAGACGCAUGCUGAAUGUUUUCAUGAGUUUUUGACCUUUACAAAAACGUUUUCCUUUACAGGGACCCCGGGGACUGUAAAACAUAUACGGCAUGUCCACGCGUCAAGCAUCGGUCCACGCGAAAUGGAUCAUCGGUCAGGUGAUCGGAACCAAGAUGAAGAAGACGGCGAAGGUUCGAGUCACGAGACUUGUGCUCGAUCCGUACCUGCUCAAGUACUACAACAAGAGGAAGACAUACUUUGCCCACGAUCCUUUGGAGCAGUGCACUAUUGGGGAUGUUGUUUUGCUGAAGGCUUUGCCGGAGAAAAGAUCCAAACAUGUCAACCAUGAACUCGCAGAGAUUGUGUAUAAAGUCGGGCAGGUGGUCGACCCGCUCACUGGGAAGAGGGUUGCUGGGACGCAGUAUUUGGAGCCACUUACGGAAAGCACAGAAGACACAGAAGUAUCUUUAACGGAGAAACUGGAGCAGCUAAACAUUACUGCCUCCACUACACCUCCUUCAGCCUCUUAGAAUUGUGUUUGUCCUUAAUGUAUGUACAGAACUCAUGUCCUGAUUUUCACAUAAAAUCACUGUGACUAGUA